AUGCUUUUGUCAGCUUCUACUCAAUAUUUGCUGCUCUGUUUGACUGUUUGUCUCACUUCUUUCACCGAUGCCCUUCCAUAUUCUGGAUUUCAAGUGAUCGGCCGACGUUCGUUGGCUGAGCGAUCGUCUGGAUUGUCUGGAUCCUCUGGCUCCUCUGCAUCCUCUGGAUCAUCUGCAUCCUCUGCAUCUUCAUUCCCUUGGUCUUCAUUUCUUCCAUCUUUCUCCUCACCGCGCCACACAAGGAAUAGUCUCGUCACGUCGCUUAGAGAUCAACUCAGAAACCAAGAAAAGCCUCGUCCCCUUCGCUUUGGA